CCGAAGGCAGCGAACAGCAGAGCCCUAUCGCGAUGUGGCGGCGGGAAGGCGUGCGAACCACGUCGCGCCGCGCCGAGCGCGCCAGCGGCAACGCCGGCCGGCCGGCGGGGGGCACCGGCGGUGGAGGAGGAGGAGUGCGACCCCCCGACGGCAGCGCGCCAGCCACGGAGGCGGAGUCAUGGGCGGAGCGGGCCGGUCGUUCGGGAGAGGCAGGCCUCGCCCGCGCCGCAAUCGCUGCUGCCUCCCGCCGCCGCGUUCCGUGCCGAAACGCAGCGCGACGAGCACGCCGGCCGGAGAAGCAGAAGAGGCAGCAGGAGCGCGAGUUCGUGUCUGCUUGCGGCCCCGCGGCCAGCAACCCAGGCAUACCAUGCUGGUUCCGUCGGACAUGAUGGGCGCCCAGUCCAAGCUCCUCUACCAGCUCAACAAGUUCUACGGCGAGCGCGUGCAGACGCGCAAGGCGGGCGUCGCCAAGACGCUCCGCGAGGUGUGCCGCGUGGUGCAGGACGUGCUCAAGGAGGUCGAGGUGCAGGAGCCGCGAUUCAUCUCCUCGCUGAACGACUGCAACGGCCACUUCGAGGGCAUGGAGGUAAUAUCGCCCACCGAGUUCGAGGCCGUGCUCUACCUCAACCAGAUGGGCGUGUUCAACUUCGUGGACGACGGCACGCUGCCCGGCUGCGCCGUGCUCAAGCUGAGCGACGGCCGCAAGCGCUCCAUGUCGCUCUGGGUCGAGUUCAUCACCGCCUCCGGCUACCUCUCGGCGCGCAAGAUCCGCUCGCGGUUCCAGACGCUCGUGGCGCAGGCGUGCGACAAGUGCAGCUACCGGGACAGCGUCAAGAUGCUGGCCGACACGAGCGAGGUGCGGCUGCGGAUCCGCGAGCGCUACGUGGUUCAGAUCACGCCGGCGUUCCGCUGCGCGGGACUCUGGCCCCGGUCGGCGGCCCACUGGCCCGUGGCGCACAUCCCGUGGCCCAACCCGAACCUGGUGGCCGAGGUGAAGGCCGAAGGGUUCGACCUGCUCUCCAAGGAGUGCGCCACCCUACAGGGCAAGCAGUCGUCCAUGGAGGGCGACGCGUGGGUCCUCUGUUUCCUCGACGCCGAGAACAGGCUCCUGUCCGGGGGCUGCCGCCGGCGCUGCCUGAGCGUGCUCAAGACACUGCGCGACCGGCACCUGGACCUGCCGGGAAACCCGGUGUCCGCGUACCACCUCAAGACGCUGCUGCUGUACGAGUGCGAGAAGCACCCGCGCGAACUCGAGUGGGACGACGCGUGCCUCGGCGACCGGCUCAACGGCAUCCUGCUGCAGCUCAUCUCGUGUCUGCAGUGCCGCCGUUGCCCGCACUACUUCCUGCCCCACCUGGACCUCUUCAAGGGAAAGUCGGCCGGUGCGCUGGAGAACGCGGCCAAGCAGACGUGGAGGCUCACGCGCGAGCUGCUCACGAACCACAGGUCGCUGGAGAAGCUCUGAACUGACUCUGCUCGCUGCUAAUAUACUAUGGUGUAUACAUGCAGGCGGCGCUAUAGGCCGUCGAACGAAGAGCCUGUGAUCGUGCAACCCGCCACUCCACUCGUCAGCACGCUCCCCACGGCGCGCGACUGUCUUCAAACCUGCAGGACGCAGUGGUCCCCGACCGGUUUCGCGUUCUGAGACCAAGCGCGAAGUGUCCGUGUGUCCCGGAGUGCGGUGGCCAUACAGUUUCGUGUUCGACGCAGUGCCUCCGCGUGUCCGCGGGUGGGCCAUUAAAAUGGAACGGUGGCCAUAGCGCGGCGUCUAGCAGCGCUGUGUGCGAGUGCUCUCGCGACCGGUGCAAAGAGCGACGAAUGGACGAAGACGACUGGGAAGGACAUCGCGCUCUGUUCCAACCUUCAGAGUAGUCGCUCCGCACGCCCGCUGUAGGUAUUUAUUGUCGAACUCGCAUCCCUGUGCUAUAGAUGUAUGUAUAAACAUGGUCUCUCACCAGGCUAGUCCCGAUAAAGCUCGAUAGUUCUACCAGGUCACCGAGAGAGGUCGCAUGUGGCGAUGUAUACGCUGGCUGUCUGUACGUGUGUGACAUUAGAUGUCCUCAAUUUAUACUUUUCGAAGACUGUCGUUCUUUGCAGAAAUAAACGAAAGGACGAUGCCAAGCAAUAGCCGAGUCACUGCAGUGGGAUUUCCUUAACGAUAUUAUGACAUAUGCUAUUGACCGGACAGGCUAUACCCAAGCAACCUAGUUUUAAACGACUGAUAGCAUUGUUGUAGGCCAAAAUAUAUGAUGUAAUUGAUCCUAUGCAGUAUUGUAAUGCUCAAUGAAUAACUGCUGUUCCAAAAACAAUUUUAUGCGAACAUUCCCAUAUAUAGUUCGCAGGAGCAGACAGCAUGCACAGCUAUAGCUAAGCGUAAAAUUGAAGUUGUUCUACAUUGUAGAAAAACAACUUAGAGAGCAAUGCAGUGAAAUAUACUCACCUUACGUACAUCGCAAGAAAAAAAAAGUGUGCUUUUAGUUAGCCGUACACAAAUCGGCAACGAAAAAUGUUGGCCUUUCACUUACGGCGAAACAAGAGCGAGACUGCAGCAGCAAAUAUAUGGUUGCCACGCAUAAUGAUACUUACAUCAGUUGUAGCAGUGUACUGUAUAGAUCUACUGUCAGAACACUGUAGUUGAACACCUGAAGCUAGCUGGACAUGUUUACACCUGAUACCGGUCAACCGUUUAUCGUUUGGCAUUGUCCAGGCCCUCGAGCUGUACAAGCUGCCGAGAGCCUGUCAGUCAGUCACAGUCUACAUACUCAGAACCCGUGUACUUAAAGCAACACUGUCUGGAUUUCCUCCCUAUAUGUAUAGCCGCUUCGCGACAUGACAGCGUCAUAUAUAUGGGAAUAUGAACAGUGCGUCGCAGGCAUGAAGCUCACGGAACCCUAAAAAUUAGAUGUGUCAUUGUUGCGAUGCGUAUAGCAUGUGCAGCACGCGGGACGUGACAGCUCCCCCAUCUACAGCGAUUAAGUUUCGCUGAACAAGAGGGACAAGAUGACAUCUUUCGUAUCUACGUUUGGAAGGGUCACCCCUCUGAACGAGUUAAGUGUAACAGAAGGCUUGCAUGCUUUAUAGUUGCCGGAUAUUAUUACUAUUUUCCGCUCGACCUACUUACGUCAAUUGAACACUCAGGCCAAAUUGUGUUCGUAUGCGCGUGAACAGUGCAGCUGUUUUCACGUUUAGCGAACCCUUUCGGAAAGAAGAAUGCGAAUGUGUCGCUUCUCCUUCAGAACAAACAAUGAAUGACUUAAGCAGUCUUCACAGACUAACAAAAGUGGUGUCGCAGCUUCUGGCCGGUACACCAUAUACUUUUUUAUCUUCAUGCCUGUUAUCGUUACUGCAGGAUGUGCUGUGUAAGUCCGUUAAGAUCACAGAAGUCUGUACAUGCGCGCCCUAAUGCAGCAGCCACAUUCACUAAGCUAUAGAAUGUGAAUGUACUUUGUCCGACCAUGCCUAUCUUGUCGUGCAAGCGCGCGUUCAAAGGCCAAGGGAAAACAAAAGUGUGCAACACCUUUUAUUCUUUGUUGUCUUGACAUGUCUGUCGUGUUGGCAUCUUUCAGAUUUGUUGUGAAGAAAAAAAAGAAAAGCGAGAAAAGAAAUACUAUAGAAUGAGAAAUAAAACUUGCUAUAGAA